CCCGGGCCGCCCGCCAUGGCAGCCUCCCGCCGCCGCCGUGACCGACAGGCGGCCCGGCCUAUCGCAGCGCGGGGGCGGGCCCCUUCCUCGCCGAAGAGCGCCGCCAUUGGGCUUUCGGGUCGCCGUGGCAACGCGGUUGGCCAAUGGGUGAGCGGCUUACGGCGGUCUCCCCGUUGGCUUGCCCGGCUGUUACUCUUCUACGGCCCGACGCGGAAGCGAUCCGUGAGCCGCACGGCGGUUGGCUGCCUCCUGCGAGAGGCAUCCUUAUUGGCCAGCCUCCCUGUUAGACCCUCCCCUCUCGCUUUGCGAUUGGCCAAUCCUUCCCCCUCCUUUCCCCUUGGCCCGGCCACCACCCCCCCUCCCUCCUCCUCUCCAGCUAAGCCCCGCCCACCCUCCCACCCCAUUGGCCCACCCCCCCGUUCCCUACCCCCUAUUGGCCCUCGGGGCCGUCAGUCGCGGCGGGGCGCGGGAGGAGGGCAGAGGGGCGCUCGGUGUCGGCGUCCCCUCAGCAGCCGCCGGGCCCCGCCCGGCCUCGCCCCGCGCCCGCUGCCCGCUGCCGGCAGCAUGAGGGUGGCCGUGGACUUCGAGGAGUGCCUCAAGGACUCGCCGCGCUUCAGGGCAGCUCUAGAAGAAGUAGAAGGAGAUGUGACAGAACUGGAACUGAAACUUGACAAGCUCGUAAAGCUUUGCAUUGCAAUGAUUGAUACUGGGAAAGCAUUCUGCACAGCCAACAAGCAGUUCAUGAAUGGAAUUCGAGACCUUGCACAAUAUUCCUGUAAAGAUGCAUUGGUUGAGACUAGCUUGACGAAGUUCUCUGACACCUUACAGGAAAUGAUCAAUUAUCACAAUAUCCUGUUUGACCAAACCCAAAGAUCAAUUAAAGCACAGCUUCAGACUUUUGUUAAAGAAGAUAUUAAGAAAUUCAAAGAUGCAAAGAAACAGUUUGAAAAAGUUAGUGAAGAAAAAGAGAAUGCUCUAGUAAAAAAUGCUCAAGUUCAAAGAAAUAAGCAACAUGAAGUAGAGGAAGCAACCAAUAUUUUGACUGCAACACGGAAAUGUUUUCGGCACAUAGCUCUGGAUUACGUUCUUCAGAUCAAUGUUCUUCAGUCUAAAAGAAGAUCAGAAAUCUUAAAAUCGAUGUUAUCAUUUAUGUACGCCCAUUUGGCUUUUUUCCACCAAGGCUAUGACCUUUUCAGCGAGCUUGGGCCCUAUAUGAAAGAUCUUGGUGCACAGCUGGAUCAGUUGGCUGUAGAUGCUGCAAAGGAGAAGAGAGAUAUGGAGCAAAAGCACUCCACUAUUCAACAAAAGGCUGCUUUACAGGAUUACUCCGGUGAUGAUACAAAACUAGAAUAUAAUGUAGAUGCAGCCAAUGGUAUUGUUAUGGAAGGCUAUCUAUUUAAGCGAGCCAGCAAUGCCUUCAAGACUUGGAACAGGAAAAAGCCAGAUCACAUCAGGCGCUGGUUCUCAAUACAAAAUAACCAACUUGUGUACCAGAAGAAAUUUAAGGAUAAUCCCACAGUAGUUGUUGAAGACUUGCGGCUUUGUACGGUUAAACACUGUGAAGACAUAGAAAGACGUUUCUGUUUUGAGGUGGUUUCUCCAACAAAAAGCUGCAUGCUUCAGGCUGACUCAGAAAAGCUGCGGCAGGCAUGGAUUAAGGCUGUUCAGACCAGUAUUGCUACAGCAUACAGAGAGAAAGGGGAUGAAUCUGAGAAACAGGAAAAGAAACCAUCCCCUUCUACUGGAAGCUUAGAAACUGGCAGCGAGACAAAAGAGAAAUUGUUAAAGGGAGAAAGUGCUCUACAGCGAGUUCAGUGUAUUCCUGGUAAUGCUGCCUGCUGUGACUGUGGUUUGGCAGAUCCUCGCUGGGCCAGUAUCAACCUAGGAAUCACGCUUUGUAUUGAGUGCUCUGGGAUACACAGGAGCCUAGGAGUCCACUUCUCAAAAGUAAGAUCUUUAACACUGGAUUCAUGGGAACCUGAACUGCUAAAGCUUAUGUGUGAAUUGGGAAAUGAUGUCAUAAAUAGAAUAUAUGAAGCAAAGUUGGAGAAAGUGGGAGUGAAGAAGCCACAACCUGGAAGCCAAAGGCAGGAGAAAGAGGCGUACAUCAAAGCAAAAUAUGUGGAAAGAAAGUUUGUAGAAAAGCAGCCUGUAGCAGCUGUAUCUCCACUUGAGUCUGGAACAAAAGUUUUGCCUCCAAGUCAGGAAGAGAAAAGGCACAGUGCCCCUGAAAAAUCUCUUUUGGCAGGGGAACAAGGUGUGGCAUCCCCCAAAGCGGUUGCUGUAAUUAGCGACGAGGCGAGGCGGGAGUCUCUGUUCUGUCCUGAUGAACUAGAUUCACUCUUCUCCUACUUUGAUACCUCUUCAAAACUACGUAGUAUAAGAAGCAGUGACAGUGGGAUCCAGCAGAGUGCUGAUGACAGCAGAGAACACCUUGCCUCUACUAUAUCAGCUAACAGUUUGUAUGAACCAGAAGGAGACAAGCAAGAGUCUUCUGUGUUCUUUGACUCCAAACAGCUUAGUCCAGGGUUGCAGCUUUAUCAAGCUGCUUUUGAGAAGAAUCUUCCUGAUAUGGCAGAAGCAUUAGCCCACGGAGCUGAAGUAAACUGGGUCAAUAUAGAAGAAAACAAAGCAACACCACUCAUUCAGGCAGUGCGAGGGGGCUCAUUGGUUACUUGUGAAUUCUUACUACAGAAUGGUGCCAAUGUGAACAUCAGGGACACAAAAGGAAGAGGACCCCUGCACCAUGCCACAGUUCUAGGACACACUGGACAGGUGUGUUUAUUCCUAAAACGAGGAGCAAACCAGCAUGCCACUGAUGAAGAUGGGAAAGAUCCAUUGAGUAUAGCUGUAGAAGCUGCAAAUGCAGAUAUUGUAACAUUGUUGCGUUUAGCAAGGAUGAAUGAAGAAAUGCGUGAAUCAGAAGGACUCUAUGGACAGCCAGGAGAUGAAAUUUAUCAGGACAUUUUUCGUGACUUUUCUCAAAUGGCAUCAAAUAAUCCAGAGAAGCUAAACCGUUUCCAGCAGUCAGAUUCCCAGAAGCCUUAAGUGUCAAGAAGGAAAAGAACCUGCUCCUUCUAGUGCAAGUCGUCUUCAACAGAAUGAAUUAUGUGCAUUUUGUUAGAUAGUUUGGAUAAAACGACCACUCUAAUGUAGCUGUAGAUCAUGGUAGCUGGGGAAAUGUGUAGGAGUUUUAUGUUCCACAGUACAUAUACCUCAGCAGCUGAAGAAAACGUUUUAAAGUUAAAGGAAUACCUGCUAGCUUGGUGUAGAAAUAGGACCAGUUAGCAAGUAUGAAGUUCAUCUGCAGCUCGUACUUAGCAGAGCAUAGCUGUAUGUAUUGCAGACUCUGAGUGGCAGGAUGACCGGAUCCGCUUUGCUAAUUAGUAUCCUAUACUGUCAUCGGUCUCACUGCUGCCAUAAAGAUGUGCCUCUGACAAGAAGGUCUAGGUUGCAUUUUCUUGGACUGUUUGGAAGGGAAAUCAGGUAAUGACUUACGGAAUUGUCCUUCUGUUUGUGGGCCUGUAACUUUUCUUGUUCCUACCCUGACUCUGGUUAGAGGUAGGCUGUUAAUAACAAGAUGUGGUAACUUCUCUUUUGCAAACUCUUUUGCAGCAGAAGUUUUAACACCAGGCUGGCUUUUAUACUAGUGGCUGCAGGUCAGUCACGAUCAGUAUAUAUCCUGGAGGACCAAAUUCUAAGAGUUAGUCAAUUUUCUUCUGCACCCCUCUUCUCCCCUGAGCCCCUUCUAAAAUGAAGAUCGCUGUGAAGGAAGUAACUUUUAAAUGAGCACUUGGAACCUUUAAUGAAAGAAAUAAAUGUAAUCCUGCUGGACACGAUAUGGGGUUUGUCAGUAUUUUGACACCAAAACUUGAAAUUUGAGACGUCCAAGUAAAAAUGGAAAGCCAAAGGAGUCUGUGUAGAACAGUCACAUGACAGCUGUUUGUCACCUUUUCUCUUUGCUGUUCUCACUACUAGCCCUAAGCUGCAUAUAUAAAAAUGCAUAUGUAGUACAGCUACCCUAAAUUUAGGUCAAUCAAUCCUUUAUAGCACAGCAUGGUAUAACAUAAUCUACAAAGGUGUGGAUGUAUGUGUGUCUAAACUAAGGCUUGCAGAAGAAAACCUAGGAAUUAUACUGCACAUUUUUGCCAAGUAACAACUGAGAAUAUUUUCCAGCUGUAUUGAGGGCAACAAUGCAAGUUGCUUUUUUUUGAUGAGCUCCACCUGCUGAUGUGCAUGCACAAAUGGUGUCUGUAGAUAUAUGCUUGUAUAUCAGGUUAUGUGCUACUAAAAUAAUCACCAGAAGCCACAAACCAGCAGAUGCAAUUCUUCAUAUUGUAUCUGUCUACCCUAUGGACAAUUUAAGCAGAAUUUUUAAGUUACAUACCAUCAGUGUGAGUUUUUUAUAAUCCUAUUAGCCAUGGCAGUAUGCUAACCUUCUGUUUAAGUGCAUUUAGGAACUGGCUUUUCUCCAGGCUGGCUUGUAUAAGCAAAAUUGGGUAAAGAAUUUCUGUAAAUUGUGGUAAAAACUGAACUUUCUGGCAUGUUAAUUUUUUAAACAAUGUAUUUUAAAUAUUUAUCAUUUUGCAGCAAAUGUAUAGUAGUGCAUUUAAUCUGGACAAUUCUUGAUGUGAAGUUAAUAGCAUCUUAGUGUCCAACAGGUCUUUCCAAGAAAAAGAAUCUUUAAAAAAGUUUUGUUUAAUCUGUAUUCUAAUUAUGCUAGGAAAAGCAGACUCUGCCCGUUUGAAGAGUGUGUUUAAUUGAAUAAUAAGCAACUUACUAGAAAUUACUGCUUACAGAUGAUUUCAUACGUUUCUUUUAAAUAAUUGUCUAUGAAAUGACAAUAUACUUUGUAAUCUGUAGUAUUUAACAGCAAUGGACAUUUAUUUAGUAGAUUUUAGAGAAAGUAAAAUUCCCCGUGUACAGAUGGGACAAUGUAAGAUAUGGCUAUGUAUAGUAUAUACUGUAGACAUAGGGUUUUUCAGAAGAUUUGUAUCCUUUGCCAUCUACAUGACGGUUGGUGUACAAUGUGAAUGUUUGGUAAUGUACAGCUCCCCAAAGCUUAGUGGCAUAAUCGCUGUCCUACUCCACGCUGCUGGGAAAACAUCUGAGACGCUUUACCAAUCUCCACUGGUGUUUUCUUUCCUACUUAAAAAAAAAAAUCAGACAAAUUUUGCAGGACAAUUUUCUACCAACAAAAAGUUUUUUCCCUGUAGCUCUGCUGAUUCAUCUACUGCUUUCCAGCUCUCGUCUGAUGCUCUGCAGUAUCAGGCUGUUUAUGCUAAAGGACAAGUAAUGUACCCAAUCCACAAAUUGUAUGACUUUUCAGGAGAUUUGGAGUUUCAGUGGUUCAGGGAGCAGGUGUAUCAAUUCUGAUCCUGGAACCUUGUUUCCUGAUCCUUUUAGGUACACUAUGAUAUCCAGGAUAAAAUGCAUUUUUCAGGCCAGGUGCAAUACGUGUCUGGAGAUCCGGCUCAUCAGCAAAAAUGAAUAUGCCAUUAAGUUCCUCGACAUGUAUCGAGGGUUUAGUCCUGUUAGACACUGGCAGGCUCAGUGCUCCAGGGUCUCUGUACCUUACAGGAUUCAGCCCUUGGUAAAACAAAGUAUGACUGACUCCAGUGCUAUGGAGAUCUGGAUUUCCUUGAGUUCUGAUUCAAGUGCUGAUGUUCUGCACAAUAAUUUUAGGAAACUUCCAUUUCUUUAUUGCAGUAUGAAGCUGAGUGUAACUUGAGUAGCAGACUGUAAGACUCUGGUAUGUGUUAACACCUUGUACCCUGUACCAGAUAAUGGAAAGCUUCAAUUCCAAGUCAUGUUUCUCUAUAUAUGAAAUACGUCAUCAGUAAUCAGCGGUGUACAAAGCAGUAGAUUCCAAAAACACUUUAAAAUCGGCUUUCAUGUGGAUUUUUAGUAAUUUACUAUACGAUCCAUUAAAAGAUUUUCAAGUAUUCCUCCUAGACAGAGUUGGAUCACGUUCCAAAAGUCUCUUGGAAAGACAAAUAUGUAAGAUCUCAACGUAUAUUCUAAUGCAUAUUAAUUUCAGAGGUAUAACUUACGUUGCGUGUUAAGAUGGUAUCUGUGGUAUCUCCACAGGGAUCUGUAUUGUUUUGACUGUUCAAAAGGUUUCAUGUUUUGUUAAUGCUGGUACGAUGUAUGUAAAACUUCUAAAUUAUUAUACUGAAUAGUGCUACUGAAUUAUAUUAGACAUUGAAAUUCCCGUAAGUUUGGGUGAACACAGUAAAUGGUCAAAGUUUCCUUAUCAAUCAGGACUUUACCUAAAAAGUCGCUGAAAUUUCUUGCCAUCUUUCCCCUGAUUUCAGAGGCUUUGGAUUGUACCCUUCACGAUUCAUGUUGUCGCUGUGUUAAAUGAUUGUGUUAACAUUGUGUUUUUUGUUUUGUUUUUCCAUUUCCUAUGGUUUUAUAUUUUACCACUUUAUAUACUGAGCUGAAAUAGUUUCAGUAAAUGUACCCCCAUCUUCCUACUGCUGUCAGCAAUUCCCCAUACAAAGGAAGCUUCUCCUGUUUUGCAGUA